CCCUCUAUUCCCCCCCUUCCACUUGGGCUGCUCUGAUGUCUGGUGCUUUUCCCCCCUUAAAGGGGGGUGGAGCGGGUAGACUGCAUCAUUCUGAGUAACGGGGGGACAAACAUCGCCCUUUUUCCCUCCCCAUACCCAAAGCUGCAAUUUCUCACCAUCUAGAAUCCAUCCCCAGACCUGCCCCCCCACCCCACCCCCACCCCCUUUCUGGUGCAGACAUGGUACGCUCCCCAGUCUCGACCCUGAGCUGCAGUGGAUAUUGCUAGAACCCACGCUGAAGACUGAGCUGGCGGCUGCAGUGACCUGGGCGGCUUUCCCUGGCCCCAGGGACACGGCUCCCCGCGAGACUGCACCAUGACCCAGGGAAAGGUUUCAGUGGUGAACAAGGCCCCUGGGACCGAGGGGCAGCAACCGACAAAUGGAGAGAAGAAGGAGACUCCAUCAGCUCCCUUGGCCCCUCCUACUUAUGAGGAAGCUACUUCAGGGGAGGGGCUGAAGGCUGGGGCCUUCCCUCCACCAGCCCCAACUGUGCCCUUUCAUCCUAGCUGGGCUUACGUGGACCCAAAUAGCAGCCCUGGCUAUGGAAGUGGCGGCUACUCCGGAGACCCUGAGAUCUUCACCACUUUCAGCUGGGAUGAUCCUAACGUGAGAAGAGUAUUUGUCAGGAAGGUCUACUCCAUCCUAAUGAUUCAGCUGCUGAUGACUGUGGGUGUUGUGGCUCUCUUCACCUUCUGUGAACCAGUCAAGAUGUAUGUUCAGAGCAACCCGGCCUGGUACUGGGCAUCCUAUGCUGUUUUCUUCAUGACUUAUCUAAUUCUGGCCUGCUGUUCUGGACCAAGGAGAUAUUUCCCCUGGAACCUGAUUCUCCUGAGCAUCUUUACCCUGUCUAUGGCCUACCUCACUGGGAUGUUGUCCAGUUACUACAAUACCAAGUCCGUGCUUCUGUGUCUGGGAAUCACUGCCCUGGUCUGCCUCUCCGUGACUUUGUUCAGCUUCCAGACCAAGUUUGACUUCACAUCCUGCCAAGGCAUCCUCUUUGUGCUUCUCAUGGUUAUGUUCUUCAGUGGGAUCCUUCUGGCCAUCAUCCUUCCCUUCCAAUAUGUACCUUGGCUUCAUGGGAUCUAUGCUGUGCUGGGAGCAAUCGUGUUUACAAUGUUCCUGGCGUUCGACACACAGCUGUUGAUGGGAAACCGGCGCUAUUCCUUGAGCCCAGAGGAAUAUAUUUUUGGGGCACUCAACAUUUAUCUGGACAUCGUCUACAUCUUCUCCUUCUUUCUGCAGCUUUUUGGCACCAACCGGGAUUGAAAAGGCUUUCCUUUUUCCAACUCCAAGAAAUGCAACCCAUUUGUCCCCCCUUGUAACAUCCAUCCCCUGCUCUUUCCCAGCCCCUAAGAUAUAGCACUAAGCAUCAUCCUAGCCAUCAUCCCUCUGCCAACUAUACUCCGUCUACAGCAUCCUUGGAGUUAUUUUCUGUAAGUUGUAUAUACGUGAGGAAUUCUGGAAGCCUAAAGGACUGGAGUCACUAAAUUUCCUGCUUCCCUGCCUAUCAGGACUCUCAUUUCCAUUUCCAAAUGUGAGAUUGUAAAUCCAGUGUACUCCCUCUCUCCUACCUUAGUUUUGGGGUGUAAGAGUCCAAGGGACAAGGCAGACAAGGAUGUAGGAACUUAGAUGUCAACAUAGGGACCCAAGAGUGAGCUGAAUCCUGAACCCCAGAAGAUUUGGGAGAAAACUGUUUUCCCUCUUUGUUACUGCCCUCAUCCCUACCUUUCCCUGGGUCAAAAACUGAAGCAUUUUAUGAACGGGGAUGAGUUGGUGUAAGAGGGUAACAUAGCCUACCAAGAUUCACACCCUGAAGAUACACAGAAGCAGCAUGGUGUAGCGCGUAGAGUCACGGGACCUGGGUUUGAGUCUUGUGUGUCUGCUGCAUGCUACAUAUAUGACCUUAGACAAGACUCUCGGCCUCCCUAAGCCCUGGUACCCUAAGUAUAAAAUGAGGGCCUUUCUAGCUCCAAGACUAUGAGCUUGUCUGUGAUAUUAUUAUACUGGGGAGAAGGAAAUGAGGAAUCCUGUUUAAAGAAUGGCUGUCCUUAAAAUGGCCCUUCAUUGUACAUGUGGGAGUUUCAGUUAGAUCUGUGAUUGCAUUUCCAACACGAUGCUAAAAAGAUGCAUGUGUAGAGUUGGGCACCCUGGAGUAGCAGAGGCAGGGAGAAGUGAGCCCCUGCUAAGAGUCUCGUCUAAAGGUCUGCUGGGAGGGCUCUGAUAGUGAGGUAGGGAAUAGAUGAACCAAGCCGAGUCACAUAUCAGAAGGAGAUCACAGCCUAAAGAAAUAACAAAUCAGUGCCCAGAUACACCCAAUCAAAAGGGAUAUUUGAGAGGUGCAGAACAGCCCUUGAUGUACCUUCUGCCUCCCUGUGGCAUAGAGCUGGCUAAAAGAAUUGAGAGUCAUUUCCCUUCUAGAUCCUCCAGUUGUCUUCCUAAGAUUCUAGGGACUGGAGAGGACUUGGGAUUGGUGAAUAGUACAAAGUAGAAAUGGUUCCUGGGCCCUGAAAGAGAAGGAAUGCUACCCGCUGGUGAGUAAUAAGGAAGAGCCUUUAAAAAAAAAA